AAUAUUUUACUCUCUCAUAUGAUUUAUAAUGCAAAUUAAAUUGGAUAAAGAAAAGAAAAUCCAUUCAAUUCGUGAUAGAGGAAGAGGAAUUUUGAUGACAAAGGAGGAUUUAAUCAAGAAUUUGGGAACCAUUUCCAAAUCUGGCACUUCAGCAAUAUUUGUUGAGAAAAUGCAGAAAAGUGGAGACCUUUACCUUAUCGGACAAUUUGGUGUUGGGUUCUACUCUGUCUAUCUCGUGGCUGACUAUGUAGAAGUUAUUAGCAAACACAAUGAUGAUAAGCAAUAUGUUUGGGAAUUAAAGGCUGAUGGAGCCUUUGCAAUUUCAUAGGAUGAGUGGAAUGAGCCAC